CGCGCCUAUAUGUAAAAACCGCCAGGUUUCAUAAGAUUGGAUUUGGACGUGCUGUAUCUCGUCCGAAGAUUCUCUCACGCGCAACAAGAUCAUUAUACGCACCGCGUUACGGAGCUCUAUAAAUAAACACAGAGCUCUGAUAAGCCGUGUAAUGCGUAUUGUAUAACAACAUAUCAUUAUUCAAUUUCUCGGAGGUUUUAUGGGAAGCUGUUUCUCGUCUCGGGUAUACCAUUCGACUGCUAAAUUAGUACUGGAAGAUGGAGGGCUGGAGGAAUUUGUGGAGCCCGUGGAGGUUUCAGGGAUUCUGAGAGAAAGGGCGGGCUUUUUUGUCUGCAAUUCUGAUUGUAUGGAUUAUAAUCAGUAUCUAAUUCCCCUUCCUGUAGAUUAUCAGUUGGAGGUAAACUAUCUAUAUUUUCUGCUUCCGGUAGAGUAUUUGAAGAACCCAUUACCCGCUUCUGAGAUGGUUUCCUUGGCCAGACGAGCUGAUGGUGCAUUGAAACGAAGCCGGUAUAAGAACAGAGGAUUUUUAAAGGGCCACAAAGUUAUGCCUGUGGUGGAUGAUGGAAUCGAUCGACGGCAAAUUGGUUAUUCACUGUCAACAGACGGUGUGAAAGAACCAGAGCAUGAUCUUCAAUCAGGAGCUUUGAAAUCAAGAUAUUCUGAGGGAUUUUACAGAUCUGCCGAGAAAUUGAAGCGCAUGGCGUCGAGAAGGACAAGGGGUGCUCGUAACGUGGGGAAGACAAAACUGAGCACAAUCCCAGAGGGCUUUGCAUAUUGAAUCAUAAGCAGGCCUGUUUAUUUUAUUCUUCUUUUAUCUCUACUGCUUGUCAAAUAAUCUGUAGUGAAGGUGAAGAUGUGCUCUAAAUUUCCAUUUUAUAGGCCAUGGGUGAGUCUCUUUUGGGCAAUGAAAUCUUGUAAAUGGUACGAGCUGAAAUGCUUUAUUUCUUCGUAGAUUUGAAUAUAAUUGAAAUCUGCACAAUGUACAGAAGCCGCCCUUCUAUAUGAAGGACCCAGACUUUCUCUAUCACACCCAAAGUAUGUACAAUUUGAACAGCUUAAUAAAAAGUCUAGCAUCCCUUGUGUACAUCA